AGAAGGCAGACGAAGUUGCAUACAGGAGUUCAGAAGAGUCAAAUGACAGUAAUGUUGACAUUGAGUGUGGUUCCAGCGAUGAAUAUGUGCCAUCCUCACGUCAAUCAAGUAGUGAACAAUCCAAAGAACCAAUUAGGGUGAAACGCAAGAAAAGCAAUCCAGGUAACUGUAAAAGGAAUGUUCGGAAGACUCGCAAAAACAGCGGAAACACAUUUACAUCAUCGACGGAACAAACGGUAAUGGGAACAACGUUAAAGGGCUACCGCUGUACAUGUCGUCGCAAAUGUUAUGAAAAAGUCUCACUGCAGGAUCGACAGUUAUAUUUGAUAUGUAUUACAGUGAUGGACGGUAUGGAACACAAACAGCUUUGAUUGGACGGUCUGUAAAGUCCUUGAUUUUGAAGGACAGAAGAUCAAAUGCUGAAGAUCCCCUAAGAACAUUUACUCGCCAUUACUUUCAGGUGAUGUGAAGGUUUGCAAAAAUAUGUUCCUAAACACACACUGUGUUAACAGUGCAAAGAUUCACAGAGCUCUUCUGAAAGUGAAGUCUGGUCAGCUACAAGACACACGAGGAAAACAUGAGCCGCAUAAUAAAUUUCCUGAAGAAAGAAUUCGUCGCAUCAGAGAUCAUAGUAAUUAAUUUCCAUGCUAUAGGGGCCACUAUUGACGGAAGGAUAGUCUCGAUAGGAAGUUUCUCUCCUGUCACCUCAAUUUCAGCUUGAUGUACAGGCUGUAUAAAGAGCAACUGAUAGCAGAAAAUGCAGAGUCUGACAUUGUGUCACAAUCGUUGUAUGAAAAAGUUUUCAAAACUAAGUUCAACCUCUCAUUUAAAUUGCCAUACAAAGACACAUGCAAGAAAUGUGAUAUCUUUCAAACUAAAACCAACUCUCGAAAAGCACUAGAGAACACUUCUGACAAUGUGAAAGCUCUUGAAGAUGUAAACAUGGAAAGAGAACUACAUCAUCGACAGGUUGACCUUGCAGGGGCAACACUACGAAAAGACAAAGAGAAAGCAAUAAAUGGUGAAUGCACAGUCCUUGCGUUUGAUCUGCAAAAGACAAUUUCGCUCCCAAAAGUUCCCAUUGGUGUUGUGUAUUACAAACGUCAACUUUCUUGCUUCAAUUUGGGUAUCCAUGAUAUGGGUACAUCCAAAGGAACUAUGCACCUUUGGCAUGAGGGAAUAUCAGGUCGAGGACCAAAUGAGAUAGGAUCGUGUCUUUUGAAACACCUAAAUGCUAAUCCCACCAAAGAAACUGUUGUGUUUUGGUCAGACUCUUGUGGUGGCCAAAAUAGAAAUUUAAAACUGGUAACAAUACUAAUGCAUAUCGUUCAAGAUCCUGCUCAGCAUGUCAAAGAAAUCAUUCAAAAAUUUUUUAUCCCAGGCCACAGUUAUCUGCCCAAUGACACUGAUUUCAGUCAUAUUGAGAACAAGAUGAGAUGCAACCAAACCAUUUAUCAUAUUAAUGAAAUCCAGAGCAUAAUGAAAACCUGCAGAGUCAAAAAAUAAAAGUUUGGUGUGGUGGAAAUGAAAUGUGAUGAUUUCUUCAGCUCUGAGAGCUUAACAUCCGUUUUAAGAAACAGGAAAAAAGUUGAUGGACUAACUGUAGCUUGGAUGAAAAAAAGACGCAUCAGAAUAAGCAAAGGGAAGCCUAACGCAAUGCAGUUCAAGCACAUACACAAUGAUGAUGUGGUGUAUUAUGAAGUUAGUUUCUCUAAACGAGCUGGAGGUCAGACACCCAAUCUUCACCACAUAGCAAGUAUCCCAGAGGAAGACCACUUACGAGUGCAAAGAAGAAAGAUCUUGAGUCAAUGCUGUGCUUCAUUCCUAUCUACCAUGAUUUUUACAAGAACUUGCGAAGUGCUGCAGAUAUAGCUGGAAAUUCCAGUGAAGAUGGGUUAUCAGAAGAUGAAUGAGAUUCCAGAAAUUCUGUAUAAAAUGUACCAGACACAGUUUCCUUAUAGUAUAUGACGUUUUCUGUUCAAGAAUGAAACAAGACUGCUAUAAACAUAACGUGUGACGCAA